AUGACGGCUGAACAAUUAGUCACACUAAAGGGGGUUCUUCUCACGGACUUGUGGAAUGGGCCACUCGGUGCGGUAAGUCGGACGCGCGAUCGGUUGGGUCACAUUGACUUUGCCAUGGUAGUGCCUCCGCUGCGAGCGUUUGUGUAUUGUAUGCUCUGUCCUUUUCUCUGUUAUCCGAUUGCCGCGCUCUAUUUGUGGGGGUAUUACCGCUGUAUGCGGACCAUCAUCUUCCCCAAGUCGUACAGGCGGGAACGUUACGCCUCGAACGUGAUGUACGGCGUCCAGAAGCGUGUGUAUGAUGCGAGGCAAAGGCGAAUACAUGAGACGACGGUCGGUGAUGCAGAUGAAAUUAGACAUGCCCUUGAGGUCACUAAUGGCGCAAGGAACCAUUUUGUGGACGAUCCAAAGGAAGGUGGUGUCGCGUAUUUUGUUGUGGAACAAAAAAUUAUGAGGCCGGAGGCACUUUUUACAGGAGAAAAUUGGGCCUGGGCAUUUAUAUCGGACAGCUGCAGAUUUCUCACUCCGGUGUUACUGUCUUACUUGUUUGUUCCCUCUUGCAGACGGCUUGGAAUCGACAUACGGCUGUGGUUUCAGGGACGUUUGUGUUGGUGGCAGCUGCGUCACCCUGUGCUGAACUUCUUCAAGUCGUACCGGGAUUACAACAACGCCGUUAAACGCAUCAACAUCACAAAGCCCCCACCGAAGGGCAAAGAGCCGUGGACCAAAAAUCUUUAG